AUGGAGACUAAAGACGUCGGUGACGUAAUCAACUACUCCUUUGCAGCUCAACAUGAGAGCGAGGCACAAACCAUCGGUUUUGGGCAUGUUGCAAUGGCGACAGAUUCCGACAGUGAGAAGCAUCUUCAUCAAAUGCACAACAACAACGAAGGAGAUCACCGUGAGAGCUAG